UCAAAUCCAUGACCUUUGCACAUGCUCUCACUGAGUUACACCUGUAGCUUUUAUAACCUCAAUGCCUUUAAUGACUAUACCACAAAAAUAAGAAACUGCCACCAACAUCUGGUUUUAGGAUCCAUCUUGUCUAGAGAAGAGUCACUGACAGAAACAAUGAGACUCUGUGCGAUUCUCAUUAACAUGUGGAGCAAAGAGUAGAAAAAGCUUGAUCACACAUUCAACACUGAUCUGUGUGUCUCCCUAUAGCAGCCACAACUUUAUAAGAAAAAACCCAUCAUGGACGUCUUUUGUGGAUCUCCUUGUUUUUAGCCUUUUACGUUGAAACUAUAACCAUCAUGUUUAUUUAGGAAAAUGGUGAAGUACAUCAUGAACUACAUAGCUCUCCUUGUGAUUCCAGUCUGUUGUUUCUCUUGGACCUUUGCAAAAUACCACCAACAUCAUCAAGAGAAGGACAAAGAGCUGAAAUACCUCUUGGAGCCUCCGGUAUAUGCUGAGGUCACGGCUCGUUGCGGACAAACGGUCAUUUUGCCGUGUAUGAUGAAGAUUAAACCAGCGCACUACAAAGUGAAGUGGACUAAGAUUGAACCCCUCAGUCUGGGAGUGCAAAACAUAGUGCUCAUGACAAACGGACACGCGGAUAAAAAGUAUGGCUUACUCGGGCCUCGAGCUUCUCUUCUACGUGCACACAGCCUGGACGUUUCCCUUCGCCUUACAGACCUGAAGCUGGAGGAUGAUGGUAGCUAUCAGUGCGAACUGAUCAAUGGCAUUGAGGAUGAAAAUGUCAUUGUUACUCUGAGAAUUGAAGGGAUUGUAUUUCCCUACCAAAGCCACCAUGGUCGGUACAGAUUUACUUUCUUUGAGGCUAAAGAUGCUUGUGCUGAGCAGGAUGCAACACUUGCCACAUACAAACAGCUUUAUCGGGCCUGGACUGAAGGGUUGGACUGGUGUAAUGCUGGAUGGCUGAAUGAUGGAACUGUCCAUUACCCAAUCCUGUACCCACGACCGGCUUGUGGGGAAAGUCUCCUGCCAGGCAUCCGGAGUUACGGGGCACGUCACAGGACAAGGGAACAAUUUGAUGCUUUCUGUUUCACAUCUACAACUAAGGGCUUUGUGUUCUACAUUCCAGGCCCACUGAAUUUUAUGGAGGCAGAACGUGCUUGCAGAAAGGAGGAUGCCAGUCUAGCGAGGGUUGGCCAAGUCUACUCUUCUUGGAAGUUUGAGGCGCUGGACCGUUGUGAUGGAGGCUGGCUGCAGGAUGGCAGCGUACGGUUCCCCAUCAUAAAUCCAAGAAAACGCUGUGGCGGGAUUACAGAGCCAGGUGUUCGCAGCUUUGGCUUUCCCAGUAAAAGUUCCCGUCUUUACGGGGCUUACUGCUACAGAGCCACACCCACCCUUCUAACCUCGCAUAAGUCAGUGUGACUUUGUCCAUCACCUGGGCAACCAGCACUGCCUCCAGAAACACAGAUUGACCGGUACUGAGAGAGAAAGAGAGCGAGAGAGAACUGCAGAGGUCUGUCUGAGGUGUUAUUAAGCUGUGGUAGAUCUGGUUCAUGUGGUGUAAACUGACUAAGCAUGCAGUCAUUCUCUGAGCUCUAUAAGAACCUAAAGGAUACAAAUCUGCACGAAGCUUCAAAACUCUUCAAAACUAAACCAGGCAGAAAAAGCAUAACCUACAGAACAUGAAACACAUCCCUGAAUUUGCUUAAAGGCCGAUUAAACUUCAUUUAGAUUAAACCGCAUUGCUCUUUACCAGUUUUGGUCACAUGUAUUUUUGCACAAAGUCUAUGUUCCUGACCUUAACAUAUCAUCAAAUUUAGAAGAAGCAUUAAAAUAAAUCAAAUUUAUGAAAGGUAGGCAUAACUAUUUAAUCAAACCCUAUCUUACUGUCAUUUCCUUUCUCUGUAUCAUGAUUGUCUCAUUUCUCUUCACACUGGAGUCAUUGAAAAUUGUCAUGACUGCCGCACAGUUAAAUUAGGUCAGAUGUGCCCUGCAGGAAUUCAUGCGUUUAAACUAUAGACUUUUGGACAGGUGAUUGAAACUCCGAACACCUAGUUAAUUUGUGAGAAAUUGCCAAAUUAUCAUAUUGAAUCACAAUGGACAGCCAAUUUAAUGAAUACGAGUUUUUACAGACAGCAUGCAGCAUGCGAUAAGGGUAAGUGUGGAUGCCUCACACAGCGAAAUGCAAACAGCUUGACUAAAUCUGUAUAAUGGCAUUAAAGAUAAGCAUUUCUAAUCAUAUAGCUGCUAAUCAAACACCCCCACAUAUGUACUCCAGCUAUAUGGAAACAAGACGCUGUGAUUUCUGUAUCUGGUGACCAAACUCCAAGUUAAUGUCUCAACAGAAAUAAGGUUGACUCACAUAAGCACAGGAAUAUUUGCAGACAUAAACCAAACAAAAACUCGUGAAUCCUGCCUCUUUUUCGUACGCUACAGUUAGCACCUGGAUUUCUGCUUAGAUUGUUCCACAAAGCAAAAUCAUCACGCAGG